AUGGUCAUUAAAGUGGGUGAUACGGUGCUCGUAUACUACGACCUGCUGAUUUUUGAUGCUAAAGUGUAUAAGAUUGAGCGUGAUACGACAGGUGAUAGUAAAUAUUUUGUCCAUUUUCCAGGCUGGACGGAUAAUUGGGAUACGUGGGUUAGUAAAGAGAAUAUUAUGGAAGACUUGCCAGCCAAUCGAGAACGUCAGAAGAAAGCCAAGGACGAGUUAUUGGUACAAUGUACCACUGGAGUACCACCGAGUAUACCACUUAAUAAAAGACCGACUACUGUCCCCGGAUCGGAACGACUCGUGUCGAUGAUUGGCUGGUUGAAAACAUUGGAUGAUUUUGUGACAAAACUUGAUAAACAAGUCAAGGAUCUGAUACGUCAACAAUUGACGCAAGAAGUGGAGAAAGUGCAAUGGAAAAAACGAAAAUUAGAAGCUCAAGUACAUAAAAUGGAACUAGAAGUUGAAGUUGCUCGAGAUUUAAAACGAGUCAAAGUAGCAGAAGAAACGGCCAUGGCAAGAAAGAGAUUGAAAGAUGCAGGGGUGACGCAGGACGAGAUUGACGCAAUUUUACCUACUGGUACUAGAUAA